AAGAUGGCGACGGCCUUGAACGAGGAGGAGCUGGACAAUGAAGACUAUUACUCGCUGCUGAACGUGCGUAGGGAGGCCUCUUGUGAAGAGCUGAAAGCUGCCUACCGGAGGCUGUGUAUGCUGUACCAUCCAGACAAACACAGAGACCCAGAGCUCAAGUUACAAGCAGAACGACUAUUUAACCUUGUGCACCAGGCUUAUGAAGGUUGUGGAAAGGAGGCGAACACCAGCUGAAAUUAGAGAAGAGUUUGAACGCCUGCAAAGAGAAAGGGAAGAAAGGAGACUGCAACAACGAACCAAUCCCAAGGGAACCAUCAGCGUUGGAGUAGAUGCCACUGACCUUUUUGAUCGUUAUGAAGAGGAAUAUGAAGAUGUCUCUGGCAGUGGCUUUCCCCAGAUUGAAAUUAACAAAAUGCACAUUUCUCAGUCCAUCGAGGCACCCCUGACAGCCACAGACACAGCCAUUCUCUCUGGAAACCUCUCAACCCAGAACGGAAACGGAGGGGGCUCCAUUAACUUUGCGCUCCGACGAGUCACUUCUGCGAAGGGCUGGGGAGAGCUAGAAUUUGGAGCUGGCGAUCUUCAAGGGCCUUUAUUUGGUCUAAAGCUCUUCCGUAAUCUCACACCAAGAUGCUUCGUCACGACAAACUGUGCCCUGCAGUUCUCGUCCCGAGGCAUCCGACCUGGCCUCACCACCGUCCUGGCAAGGAACCUGGAUAAGAACACGGUGGGUUACCUGCAGUGGCGGUGGGGUAUCCAGUCCGCCAUGAACACGAGCAUCGUCCGAGACACCAAGACUAGCCACUUUACUGUGGCUCUGCAGCUUGGAAUACCGCACUCUUUUGCACUCAUCAGCUACCAGCACAAGUUCCAGGAUGAUGACCAGACUCGAGUGAAAGGCUCUCUCAAGGCAGGCUUCUUUGGAGUAGUGGUGGAGUACGGAGCAGAGAGGAAGAUCUCCAGGCACAGCGUCUUAGGUGCUGCUGUUAGCGUUGGUGUCCCACAGGGUGUUUCUCUCAAAGUCAAAUUGAAUCGAGCCAGUCAGACCUACUUCUUCCCGAUCCACCUGACAGAUCAGCUUCUCCCCAGUGCUGUAUUCUACGCCACCGUGGGGCCUCUGGUGGUCUAUUUCGCUAUGCACCGUCUGAUCAUCAAACCAUAUCUCAGGGCUCAGAAAGAGAAGGAGUUGGAAAAGCAGAGGGAAAGCACAGCCACGGACAUUCUGCAAAAGAAGCAAGAAGCAGAAGCUGCUGUUCGGUUGAUGCAGGAAUCUGUCCGAAGGAUAAUUGAGGCAGAAGAGUCGAGAAUGGGGCUCAUCAUUGUGAACGCCUGGUAUGGAAAGUUUGUCAAUGACAAGAGCAGGAAGAAUGAGAAGGUCAAGGUGAUUGAUGUGACGGUGCCCCUGCAGUGCCUGGUGAAGGACUCCAAGCUCAUCCUCACAGAAGCUUCCAAGGCUGGGCUGCCUGGGUUCUAUGACCCAUGUGUCGGUGAGGAGAAGAAUCUGAAAGUGCUCUACCAGUUCCGGGGUGUUCUGCAUCAGGUGAUGGCGCUGGACAGUGAGGCCCUGAGGAUACCAAAGCAAUCUCACAGGAUUGAUACAGAUGGAUAAACUGCUUGAGAAACCAGAUUUAAAAGAGGCUGCAAAAAAUCUUGUCUUGGGAGUCUACAAAUUCGGAAGCAGGGAAAAUACCCAAACAUCAGAUGUUUUUAUUUUAUAUUAUUCCUAUAGACGGUGGUAUGGUAUCGAUUCUGUGCAGGGACAAGCAGACAUGCCAGCU